AUGAAUUCAAGCUUCAUCAUCUCCCUCUGUCUCUCCUCCUUCUUCUUCCACGUUUUUGGUACUGAGGCGGCACCCGAAUAUCUAUAUCAUGAUUGCCCAAACACCACCCUCUUCACUCCCAACUCCAUCUACCGAUCCAACCUCCACGCCCUCCUCUCUUCCCUCUCCUCUGCCGCCCCAGGCAGCACCAACGGCUUCGCCAAUGCCAACGUUGGCCAAAACCCUCCAGAACGGGCCUACGGGCUCUUCCUCUGCCGUGGCGACCUCAACAGCACCACGUGCGGCCGCUGCGUGGCCGCCGGAGAACGAGAUAUCCUCCAAAGAUGCCCGAACCAGCGAGUCUCCAUAAUAUGGUACGACCAGUGCAUGUUGCGGUACUCAAACUGGUCCAUCCUCUCCGUCAUGGAGCAAUCGCCAGAUCGGGUUUUGUACGACAUCGGGAACGUCAUUGAGCCAACCCGGUUCAUGCAGCUUCUCGGAGAAACCCUGAGAGACAUCGCCGUGAGGGCUUCAGCUGGCGGGUCAGAGAAGAAGGUUGCGGCAGCGGAGGCAAACUUCACUAGCUCACAGAAGCUGUACGCACUCGCGCAGUGUACGCCGGACUUGACAGCGUCAGACUGUGUCAAGUGCCUCCAGUUUGCGAGCGCUAAUCUGUCACAGGGGAAGCAAGGUGGGAGGUUGCUCGCUCCGAGUUGCAACUUGAGAUACGAGCUCUACCCCUUUUAUAAUGCCUCGGCCCUGCCGUCGCCGGCCACUCCACCUCCUUCUCUGGCACCUUCGCCUCCCGCUCCGGUGACUGGACUUGAAGUUACAUGUGAGUGUCUAGCUUGUCUUCCCCCGUCCAGACUCUCCAUUUUCAUUAUAUUAGGUCUGAUUUUUCAUGUAUGCUCCAUUCAUUACCUCGCCAUGGCCUCACCAGCCGCGGGCAAAGGUAGCCUCGCCCACGGCUGCCAUGAUUUGGGCAAGGCCGGCCUCACCAUGGGAGAGAGGAAGUGGGAUUGGGAAGUGCAUGUCGGAAGCAAUAUAUUUACUGUGAUAAUCAUCGUGGUCGCCCUUUCUGUCAUCUCAACCACGGUGGUUCUCUUCCUCGCUUGGCGUUUCAGUCGGAGGAAUGCGACCAACAGACAUGAAGUCAUCCAAGGAGAUCGAAUCGGCCUAACAGAAAUUACGAACUCCCAGUCCAUGCUGUACGAUUUAGCCACCAUAGUAACCGCCACAAACAAUUUCUCUUGUCAAAACAAGUUGGGUCAUGGCGGAUUCGGUGAAGUUUUCCUGGGUACGCUUCUUAAUGGACUACUAAUAGCCGUGAAGCGACUAUCUCAAAGCUCUAGACAAAGUUUCGAAGAAUUUAAGAACGAAGUCACAUUGCUACCGAAGCUUCAACAUCGAAACAUCGUGCAGCUGCUCGGGUUCUGCUUAGAGGGUGAAGAAAAACUGCUUGUCUAUGAGUUUGUGCAGAAUAAAAGUCUUGACUACUUUUUAUUUGAUCCUGAAAAAAGCAAGCACUUGAAUUGGUCGAUACGUUACAACAUAGCAUGUGGGAUUGCUCGAGGAAUGCGCUAUCUACAUGAGGACUCUCGAAUUCGGAUCAUCCAUCGUGAUAUGAAAUCAAGCAAUAUAUUGUUGGAUAGUGAAAUGAACCCCAAGAUUUCCGAUUUCGGCAUGGCAAGGAUUUUCGGGAUCGACCAAACACUAGCAAUGACCGAAAGAAUUGGGGGGACUUAUGGCUACAUGUCACCUGAGUAUGUGAUGAAUGGGCAAUUCUCAGUGAAGUCCGAUGUUUAUAGUUUCGGUGUCUUACUUCUAGAGCUCAUUAUUGGUAAGAAGAAUAGUUUUUUCAACCAGGUUGACAAAGGCGAAGGUAUCGCUUGCUAUGCCUGGAAAAACUGGAGAGACGGUACGCCAUUGUUGGUGUUAGAUCCCGCCAUUGGAGAGACGUAUUCAGUUGCCGAAGUUGCUAGAUGCCUCAGAAUUGGUUUGCUCUGUGCUCAGGAAGAUCCAAAUCGUAGACCCACAAUGGCGGACAUAGUCCAUGAGUUGAACAGCUACUCCGUUACUCUUGAAUUGCCCCAACAACCGGCUUUCUGCUCCGGUAGGACUGGGAGACUGGAAUCGAACAAAUCCACCGGGAGGUCUAUCACUCGGGCUGAAUUUGGGUGAUCAUCAAUGAACAACGAGUAAACAUGGUGUAUUCU